CAAAUAAAAAUAGAAAUGAAAACACUGAACCUCCCACCACUAUCAAACCUAUCUAUAGACUUUUCACAUUCAUCCUUGCAGCACCGUCCACGAGCUGCCACCGACCUGCCACCACUCCCACCUGAACCCCCACAGCCAUCGCGAGUAAGUAAUAAAGUAGGUCGUCAUCUUCGUUUGAAAACAAAAGACGAGCAGAUAGAUAGAGGAAACCCUGGAAACAAAUUCAGGGUUUGAAAUGAUGGGAAGCAGAGCAGUGUGCAGCAGAAUAGGUUUAUGGUACAGAAAAGGCAGCAGCUUCGGCUCCUCAAAAGUAGUUAUUGUUGGCAACAACAACAAGAAUGAGCUCCGACGCUGCUCAACGACCACAGCACGCUCAUCCCCUGGACCUCCAGAUGUGGUCCGUUUGGCUGAAACUGCUCGAAUCUCUCUCACGCCAACUGAGGUUGAAGAAUUUGCUCCCAAAAUCGGACAAGUCAUAGAUUGGUUUGGACAACUUCAAGAUGUUGAUCUUGAUAGCAUUGAGCCUGCCAUCAGAGCAGAUACUGAAGGCAACAAUUUACGUGAUGAUAUCCCUGAAACAUUUGAGAAUAGGGGGGCCAUGAUUGCUGCUGUUCCAAGCUAUGAGGAACCAUACAUUAGAGUUCCCAAAGUCUUGAACAAGGAGUGACAUUUAUUAGCUUCGAUCUUCUAUGGAAGGACAGUGAUUGAAAGUUAUAACUCUCGUGGACCAGAUUUGAAGCGUUUGGAGUAUUAAGAAGCUUGUAUUUGUAGUACAUUCUUUAUUUUUGGAACUCUAGUUGAAUGUUAAAAUCCAAAUGAAAAACAUUGGGUGGUGGAGGGAAUCUUUCUAAUAAGUUUGUAUUUUAUGAGAUUCUAGAAUUAAGAGUUAAAUACUUCAUGUUCUUUCCUUUCAUGGGGCAUC